AUACUCCGUGUUGUAUGUGGUAAACGACCCCGUAUAAAUAAAUAUAAUAAGUACGUCCAGAUUAAAAAAAUACAACAAUACAUUGUGUCAUUUGAGUGUAUUUAUAAUUAUAGUAUUGUAUUUUAAUAUUAUAAGACUGUUUAGAAAAUAAACUAUAUUUAUAAUGGUUACUUUCCUGGUAAUUUUAACUCUGUAAUCAAAUAUUUUACCAAUUAGUUUCUUAGUGCAUCGGCAGUAUUCGGCAAAGGAGAAUAAAAAUAAUAAUAAAAUAGUAUACCCUGUUGGCAACAGAAAUUCUUUGGUCUGUAUUUAUUUACAUGUUUAAUAGUGACUGGCUAUGACAAUCUUGUAAAUCGAAGAGACAAAAAUGUGAAUGUAUGAUACUUUUGAUUUGGCUGAUCAUAUUAAUAGUAUCUUUUGAUGUCAUCCAUCAACCACUGAAAGGAGAACACACAUACAAUGGUAGAAAAUCGAUGGUACACUUCGAUGUUUUGCUACUGAAACAUCGAUAUUUCAAAUAUAUCGAUACAUCGUUUGCAUCACUAAAUUUACCGCAAAACCUCCUUAAUUGAAUGAAGACGCAUGUAUGAAACAAGAUUAAGCAUAAUUUUUAUCAGCGAAUUCAUAAAUAACCAGACGUCAUUGUACAGAAUUCAGUUGUAGUUACACUAUGAUCCAAAAUGCACGAUUUAUUUGUUAAAUUUUCUAUUCUUUGUUGUUUGGUGAGUUAUGGCGAGUCUGCCAGGAUUCUGGGAGUGUUUCCCAUGUCUGCUGGAAGUCACUACAUCCUGGAUUACAAACUGAUGAAAGGACUUGCCGAUGCAGGACACGAUGUGAUUAUGUUAACACCUUACAAACAAGAAAACCCUCCAAAAACUAAAGGAAACUAUACUGAAAUCAUUUUGGAUGGAUUCAGAGAGAGUAUUAGUGCACAACAUAAAAACCUGGACAUGUUCAACAUGGGCAAACAAAAUAUGGCGUUCAUGAUGUCAGCAUUCAUCAACAUGUUUGCAGCGAACAUAAACAACACCUUGUCUCAUCCAAAAGUGAGGGCUUUGCUGAGUUCCAACGAAAAAUUUGACGCAGUGAUUGUGGAAUUCUUCAUGGCAGAUAUCAUGAAGAUAUUUCCUGAAGCUUUCAACUGCCCUAUGAUACUUCUGUUUAGUGUGGGACCAAACAGUUGGAUAAAUCCGAGCGUAGGCAACCCGCAAGAGAUUUCCUAUGCCAGACAUUUGUAUUCUAGAGGCAAUAAUGCUGUACCCAUGACGUUUUUCGAGAGGACAAUCAACUUAUUUUACCAUGUAUUCGAAUAUUUAUUCAACAACUUCUAUUAUUUCCCUCUAUGCGACGAAAUAUUACAGAAGGCAUAUCCCGGAGCACCAGAUACCAAAAAUCUAGCCUCAAAUGUUUCCUUGGUACUGUUAAACUCACAUACCAGUCUUUAUCCGGCUCAUCCACUGGUCCCAAAUAUGGUGGAGAUCGGAGGAUACCACGUUGAUCCUCCUGGAAAGCUACCAAAAGACUUACAGGAGUUCUUGGACAAUGCCAAGGAUGGAGCGAUAUAUUUUAGUAUGGGAUCGAACUUGAAAAGCAAACUCAUGCCGGCAGAAAGGAAAAAGAUGAUUUUGAACGUCCUGGGAAGGUUGAAGCAGAAAGUUGUUUGGAAAUUCGAAGAGGAAUUGCCUGAAAAGCCCGAUAAUGUGCUGAUUAAAAAAUGGUUGCCUCAGCAGGACAUCUUGGCUCAUCCGAAUAUCAAACUUUUUAUCACACACGGUGGAUUGCUAAGUACUACCGAAACAGUAUACCAUGGAGUACCGAUUCUAGCGAUUCCAGUCUUCGGAGAUCAGCCAGCGAAUGCAGAAAAAGCCCAAUACGCUGGCUACGCCUUAAAACUAGGCUACCACGACGAUAAUUUCACGGAAGAAAACUUCGAGAAGUGUAUACUGGAACUACUAAAUAACCCAAAGUACCGUGAAAACGCCCAAAGAAGAUCCAAGUUGUUCCAUGACAGACCGAUGAAACCCAUGGACACUGCGGUUUACUGGGUGGAAUAUGUGAUAAGGAACAAUGGUGCUAAGCAUCUAAGAGUCGCUGGUGCUGACCAGGCAUGGUAUGAGUACUACCUGGUAGAUGUAUCAUUGUUUCUUCUAGCCUGUUUAGUUGUGGUAUUCGAAAUCUCAAAAUUCCUUCUUAAAAAAGUAUUUCUAGUUGUAAAGUCCAAACUCAGUCCCAAACAAAAACUGAAAACUAAAUAAAUUUUUGUUUUUGUGAAGUCAAAAUAAUGAUAGGGUAUAUUUCAACCACAAAAAUAUAUACCUAAUAAUUUAAACCAAAAAACCUUUAAAUAAAAUCACCUGAAAUUGUAAAAUAACCUAAACACCUUUAUCUAUUGCUUCUUAGCUAAAUUUUACCCUAUAUAAAAGGGUUGUAGCAAUUGUAUUUACUUUUGGUGGUUGAUUUUACCCAUCCUUUUUUUGAGUAAUAUUUAAAUAUAGUAUGAGGCUGUGUCUAAGAUAAAUAAAUAGAGAUAAAUAAUCAAAAUUAUUGUAAAUAAUAAAUAAAAUGAUACUCAUCAUAGAAACAAUUAAAAAAUGUUACUGUAUAAAAAAAUUAAAUCCGCCUUUAAUUAAUGUGAGAUUAAGUUAUCUUGUAGCUUUUUAACGGACCAUUCACAAAAGAUAUCAAUAAAUAACUAGAACGUCUAGAUUAAGAGUUUCAUUGUCAUUUGUGUGUAUUUAUAA